AUGGAGGCGAGGGGUAGAGCCAUGGCUGCCGCCGCGGUUCUCGUGCUGCUGGUUCUCGUCCCGGAGGCAUGCCGGGCGGAGCGGUUCAUUGUCGGCGACGCGGCCCGGUGGACAUGGGGCUACAACUAUACCGACUGGGUCGUCAAGAAGGGACCCUUCUUCCAGAACGACAGCCUCGUGUUCAGGUACGAUCCGCCGAAUGCGACGACGCACGCGCACAGCGUGUACAUGAUGAAGAACUUGGCGGACUACCAGUCGUGCAACCUCAACGCGUCCAAGCUGGUGGCCGACGUGAUGCAGGGCGCCGGGUCCGGCUUUGAGUUCAUCCUCAAGAAGCGUAAGAUGCACUACUUCGUCUGCGGCGAGCGCGGCGGCAUCCACUGCAACGCUGGCCAGAUGAAGUUCAUCGUCAAGCCCAAGAGCUCAGUCUGCCGCGACUGACCCACCGCCCCAGCUGUUGUGGUCGACCUUCUUCUGCAUGCCACCUUCUUCUGUUGCUGCCGCUGGCUGAAAUCAUUUAUUAUGCUUGCUUCUAAGUUAUCGAUUGUUACAUUUAUAUGUGGUUUAUCUGUGGUGCGUGAUAGUGUUUAUGCAUGACUCGGCUGUGCAUGUGAAUUGUGGCUUGUGUUGUUACAAAUCAAAGGAGGAUGUAAUGAGAAAUGAGGGACUAUA